CCUCGUCGGCCUGCAUCGCGUUUCACUUACCCAGCGCACGGUACGUGCAUCAUCAGUAUUACCACCCAGCUCCAAAAUUGAAUAUGGAGCUACCACCAUGGGAGUCCUUCGUCGCCAUGGUGCUCUUGGUAAUGGUCACGCUUCUUCUGCGGCGCGUUGUCCGCCCGGGGCACGGAUACAGGCUCCCGCCUGGACCUAAGCCGUGGCCGAUCAUCGGCAACCUCCACCUCAUCGGCGCACUGCCCCACCGCUCCAUCCACGAGCUGUCCAAGCGCCACGGCCCGCUGAUGCAGCUCCGCUUCGGGUCCUUCCCCGUCGUGGUCGGGUCGUCGUCGGAGAUGGCCAGGUUCUUCCUCAAGACCCACGACGCCUUGUUUGCUGACCGGCCGAGGACCGCCGCCGGCAGGUACACCACCUACGACUACUCCGACAUGCUGUGGUCCCCCUACGGCGCGCACUGGCGCCGGCUGCGCAAGGUGUGCCUCACGGAGCUCUUCAGCGCGGCGCGGCUCGAUUCGUACGAGCACAUCCGCCUCGAGGAGGUACGCACGCUGCUGCGCGACCUGCACAGGGCGACGACGACAACCACCGGCUCCGGCCGGCGCGCCACCGUGGUGAUAAAGGAGUACCUGUUCACGGCGACGCUCGGUAUGAUCUCUCGGAUGGUGCUAGGCAAGAAGUACGUGGAGAAUGCCGAGGGCACGCCGUCGUCGGAGGCGGCAGCGGCGAUGACGCCGCAGGAGUUCACGCGGAUAAUGGACGAGUUCUUCCUGCUCAACGGCGUGCUCAACGUAGGCGACUUCAUCCCGUGGUUGGAGUGGCUAGACCUGCAGGGGUACGUCGGGAGGAUGAAUAAGAUCAGCAGGACACUGGACGCGUUCAUGGAGCGUGUCCUGGACGAGCACAACGAGCGCCGGCGAAUGGAAGGGGAGAGCUUCCCGGCGAGGGAUAUGGUGGACGUGCUGCUGCAGCUCGCAGACGAUCCUACUAACGUCGACGGCCAGCUCGAGCGGCAAACCAUCAAGGCUCUCACUCAGGACCUAAUCGCCGGGGGUACAAAUACCAGCGGCGUGACCUUGGAGUGGGCAAUCUCGGAGCUGAUGAGAAAUCCCAGGACGUUGGCUGCGGCCACCGAGGAGCUCGACCGCGUGAUCGGCCACGACAGGCUGGUGACGGAGCGGGACAUGGCGAGCCUCCCUUACACGAGGGCUGUCGUGAAGGAGACGCUGCGGAUGCACCCGGUAGGGCCCCUGCUGGCGCCCCACAAGGCCCGAGAGGACGCCUCCGUCGACGGCUACGACAUCCCCGCCGGCACGCGCGUGCUGGUGAAUGUGUGGGCUAUCGGCCGCGACCCGGCGCUGUGGGACGCGCCGGAGGAGUUCCGGCCGGAGCGGUUCAUGCCCAGGGCAGGGACUGGGAGCAAGGUGGUCGACGUCGUGGGGCAGGACAUGGAGCUGCUGCCAUUCGGGGCCGGCCGGCGGAUGUGCCCCGGCUACAACCUCGGGCUCAAGGUGGUCCAGGUGUGCCUCGCGAAUCUGCUCCACGGCUUCGUCUGGAGGCUCCCCGACGGAAUGGCGGCGGAGCAGCUGAGCAUGGACGAGGUGUUCGGGCUCACCACGUCGCGCAAGUUCCCCCUGGAGGCUGUGUUGGAGCCCAAGCUCCCCGCUCACCUCUACACACUGCAUGCCGACAUGGUGUUGGAUGGUUGAUUCAUUCAUGCGCGCGCUUCGUCAACAACUCGCCUAGGGAGAUGAUCAUAUCAUAUCCUUAAUCGUAAACAAUUUCAUUAAUGUUAUCUCCAUACUUUCAAAAUGUUUCAUGUAAUAAACCGAAGGAUCCGUCUAGUGCUCAAUC